UCAGAGAGUAGAGCAGAGAAAGCACGCCGCUCUGAGUCACACAACAGACACGCCGUGGACUCCUCGUGGCUGAGGCCGGCCUGAGCAUCAGAGCGACCGGCACAUCAAACUGACGACAGAGGGGGGCGAGACGGGAAGCUUUGUGCGGCAGACAGAAGAGGAACCAGCGAUGUCAGGGCUGAAGAAGAGAAACUCCAACUCGUCCGUGGACAGGGAGGAGGAUAAGCAGGUCACUGAGAGGAUGCUGUCCCCGGGUAGCGGCAGUGAUAGGGGGGGCUUCGGUCAGGAUGGAGGACCGGGAAGCGACCUCAGCAGCCCCGGCAACGUCACAGCAGGAGACGGAGCGGAGGAAGGGGUCGCCCUGAAGAGGACCAUCACGCUGUUGAACGGCGUGGCCAUCAUCGUGGGCACCAUCAUCGGCUCGGGUAUCUUCGUCACGCCGACAGGCGUAGUGAGGGAGGCUGGCUCUGUGGGUUUGUCCCUCAUAGUGUGGGCGGUGUGCGGGGUCUUCUCCACAGUGGGCGCCCUCUGCUACGCGGAGCUGGGGACCACCAUCACCAAGUCCGGCGGCGACUAUGCCUACAUCUUGGAAGUGUACGGCUCCCUGCCGGCAUUCCUCAAACUCUGGAUCGAGCUGCUUAUCAUCCGGCCGUCCUCCCAGUAUAUCGUCGCCUACGUCUUCGCCACCUACCUCCUGAAGCCGCUGUUCCCCGUGUGCUCGGUGCCGGAGACGGGGGCCAAGCUAGUGGCCUGUCUCUGCAUCAUGUUGUUAACCUUUGUGAACUGCUACAGCGUGAAGGCGGCCACCAGAGUGCAGGACUUCUUCGCGGCAGCCAAGCUUCUAGCGCUCGCGCUCAUCAUCAUCAUCGGAUUUGUCAAGAUUGGACAAGGUGAUACAGCCGGACUUCUUCCAGAGAAUUCCUUCAAGGGGUCCAAAUAUGAGUUUGGAAGUAUUGGCCUGGCACUCUACAGUGGCCUGUUUGCUUACGGUGGCUGGAACUACUUGAAUUUUGUUACAGAGGAGAUGAUUGAACCUUACAAAAACCUUCCUCGAGCCAUCAUCAUCUCCCUGCCGAUAGUGACAGCAGUGUAUGUCCUAACAAACUUGGCCUAUUUCACCACACUCUCCCCCAAUCAGAUGCUUAACUCAGAGGCUGUGGCUGUGGAUUUUGGUAACUACCACCUGGGUCCCAUGGCGUGGAUCAUCCCGGUGUUUGUAGGCCUGUCCUGCUUUGGAUCAGUCAACGGCUCACUGUUCACAUCAUCCAGGUUAUUCUUUGUGGGUUCUCGGGAGGGUCACCUGCCCAGUCUGCUGUCAAUGAUCCACCCCACUCUGCUGACCCCACUCCCCUCACUUAUAUUCACUUGUUUAAUGACGCUGCUCUACGCCUUCUCCAACGACAUCUUCUCCGUCAUAAACUUCUUCAGCUUCUUCAACUGGCUCUGCAUCGCCAUGGCAAUCAUAGGAAUGAUGUGGCUCCGCUAUAAGAAGCCUGAGCUGGAUCGACCAAUAAAGGUGAACAUUCUGCUACCAGUGAGCUUUGUGUUAGCCUGCCUCUUCCUUAUCAUCGUCUCCUUCUGGAAGACUCCAGUCGAGUGCGCCAUCGGCUUUGGGAUCAUCGGCACUGGACUGCCCGUCUAUUUUAUUGGUGUGUGGUGGCAGACUAAACCCAAGUGGCUGCGAAAUGGAAUCCACUCGACCACAGCUCUGUGUCAGAAGUUCAUGGAAGUUGUGCCUCAGCAGUCCUAAAAACCAAGUUGCCCUUUUACUUCAGCCAAAAGGCCAAGACGAUUGGGCUAAGAUAUCAUAACUGAUGAUGUUUGAACUCCGUUAAUGCUUUUCUCUCUCUCACACACACACACACACACACAC